AUGGCUUCAUUGUUGCAUUCCGAUAAUCAUUCGAGUAUCUUCGACGUAUCCAACAUUGACAUUGCAUCCCACGACGACCAGAACAACAAUCAUGGCCAGGACUCCUUACACCAUUCUGGUGAUCAAUUCGAUGAUCAUUCCGAGGAUGAUUCGAGUAUCUUCGACGCAUCCAACAUUGACUCAAAUGUCUACCACGAUGAGUCAGAUACCGACCUAGACAGCAUUGCAUCCCACGAUGACCAGAACAAUAAUCAUGGCAAUAAUGCCAUCAUCGACGAAGCCAACAAUGACCCAGAUACCGACCUAGACAGCAUUGCAUCCCAUGAUGUACAACGGCCCUUGACGUCUUCCAGACUUCCUCCACCUCCACCUCCACCUCCACCGCCAUCACCGGCUGCUUCGGUUCGUGGCGAUUGUGAUCUUAAGCCUCCUCAAUUGACUGCUAAUUAA